GCGGAAACUGCAGCCAAUCGCAUCUGCAAGGUGUUGGCGGUGAACCAGGAGAACGAACAGCUCAUGGAAGACUAUGAGAAGCUGGCCAGUGAUCUGUUGGAGUGGAUCCGCCGCACCAUCCCCUGGCUAGAGAACCGGGUGCCUGAGAACACCAUGCAUGCCAUGCAGCAGAAGCUGGAGGACUUCCGUGACUACCGGCGCCUGCACAAGCCACCCAAGGUACAGGAGAAAUGCCAGCUGGAGAUCAACUUCAACACGCUGCAGACCAAGCUGCGCCUCAGCAACCGCGCCUUCAUGCCCUCCGAGGGCAGGAUGGUCUCGGACAUCAACAAUGCCUGGGGCUGCCUGGAACAGGCGGAGAAGGGCUAUGAGGAAUGGCUGCUGAAUGAGAUCCGGAGGCUGGAGCGGCUGGACCACCUGGCAGAGAAGUUCCGGCAGAAGGCUUCCAUCCAUGAGGCCUGGACGGAUGGCAAAGAAGCCAUGCUGCGGCAGAAGGAUUACGAGACAGCCACCCUGUCGGAGAUCAAGGCCCUGCUCAAGAAGCACGAGGCCUUCGAGAGUGACUUGGCUGCCCACCAGGACCGUGUGGAACAGAUUGCAGCCAUUGCGCAGGAGCUCAACGAGUUGGACUAUUACGACUCACCCAGUGUCAACGCUCGUUGCCAAAAGAUCUGUGACCAAUGGGACAAUCUAGGGGCCCUGACUCAGAAGCGGAGGGAAGCUCUAGAGCGGACAGAGAAACUGCUGGAAACCAUUGACCAGCUGUACUUGGAGUACGCCAAGCGGGCUGCGCCCUUCAACAACUGGAUGGAGGGAGCCAUGGAAGACCUGCAGGACACCUUCAUCGUACACACCAUCGAGGAGAUCCAGGGACUAACCACAGCCCAUGAGCAGUUCAAGGCCACCCUCCCUGAUGCUGACAAGGAGCGCCUGGCCAUCCUGGGCAUCCACAACGAGGUGUCCAAGAUUGUCCAGACCUACCACGUCAACAUGGCUGGCACCAACCCCUACACAACCAUCACACCUCAGGAGAUCAAUGGCAAAUGGGACCACGUACGACAGCUGGUGCCACGGAGGGACCAGGCUCUGACAGAGGAACAUGCUCGCCAACAGCACAACGAGAGGCUACGCAAGCAGUUUGGGGCCCAAGCCAAUGUCAUCGGGCCCUGGAUCCAGACCAAGAUGGAGGAGAUUGGCAGGAUCUCCAUUGAGAUGCACGGGACCCUGGAGGACCAGCUCAACCACCUGAGGCAGUAUGAGAAGAGCAUCGUCAACUAUAAGCCAAAGAUUGACCAGCUGGAGGGUGACCACCAGCUCAUCCAGGAGGCGCUCAUUUUUGACAACAAGCACACCAACUACACCAUGGAGCACAUCCGUGUGGGCUGGGAGCAGCUGCUCACCACCAUCGCCAGGACCAUCAAUGAAGUGGAGAACCAGAUACUGACCCGGGAUGCUAAGGGUAUCAGCCAGGAGCAGAUGAAUGAGUUUCGGGCUUCUUUCAACCACUUUGACCGGAAGAAGACAGGCAUGAUGGACACAGAUGAUUUCCGCGCCUGCCUUAUCUCCAUGGGUUACAACAUGGGAGAGGCAGAAUUUGCUCGCAUCAUGAGUAUUGUGGACCCCAACCGCCUGGGGGUAGUGACAUUCCAGGCCUUCAUUGACUUCAUGUCCCGGGAGACGGCUGACACAGAUACUGCAGAUCAGGUCAUGGCUUCCUUCAAGAUCCUGGCGGGGGACAAGAACUACAUCACGGUGGACGAGCUGCGCCGGGAGCUGCCGCCGGACCAGGCCGAGUACUGCAUCGCGCGAAUGGCCCCCUAUGCCGGCCCCGACGCCGUUCCCGGUGCUCUGGACUAUAUGUCCUUCUCCACGGCGCUGUAUGGCGAGAGUGACCUCUAACCCGCCCUCAGCCCCUCUGCGCGUGCGCCCCGCCCUGCACCUCCGCUGUCCCAUCCCCUGCCCGGGUUUGGUGUCUGCUCGCAGCCUCCAGGGCGCGAGCUGGGACUCACACCCGAUGCCAAGGAAGCAUCGGGUCUCCUUGCCCGCGAAGUGACAGUUUACAAAAUUAUUUUCUGCAAAAAAGAAAAAAAAUUUACGUUAAAAAGUAAAAAACAAAAAAACCGACAUAUUUUAUUAUAGAUAAAGUAUUUUUUUCUCCACCAGACUUAAAUGGAAAAGAGGAAAAAUUAUUUGCACCGAAAUGUUUUGUUUUGUUGUGACAUAGGAAAAUAACCAAGCACAAAGUUGUAUUCCAUUCUUUUUACUGAUUUUUUUUUUUCUUCUAUCUGUUCCAUCUGCUGUAUUCAUUUUCCAAUCUUCAUGUCCACUUGGUGGGGGUGGGGGAUGGGUACUCUUGUCGAAAGGCACAUUGGUGCAUGUGUGUUUGCUAGCUCACUUGUCCAUGAAAAUAUUUUAUGAUAUUAAAGAAAAUCUUUUGAAAUGGCUGUUUUUUAAGGAAGAUAAUUUAUGUGGCUUCUCAUUUUUACGUUUCCUCAGAGGUGUGGCUAGCCUCCUUAUCAGUGCAUACUUUAAUUUUUUAGAAAAAUACUGCCUAUUAAAAUAGGGCAAACUUGGAGAUGAUGGACAGCUUUGAUGUUGCUUGGCACAGACCGUAUUAAAA